AUGCAGGUGCCUGCUCCGUGCCAGACGGAAGAUGAUGGCCAAUUCAGUGUUCCUUACGCUCUUGUCGAGCAGCUGACGGCCGCGCUGCAGCACGCGCAGAGGCAGUCUGCCGCCUUCGCCAUGGAGCUGACGAGGGAACGUCGACAAAGAGAGCAGUGCCGAGCUCGGACCUCGAACCAGCAGGGACGGGCCAUCUGCCGCUGCCAGCACGGCGGCGUGAUCAGAGACCGCUUGCUGGCCAAGGUGAGUGACAGUCCAGCAGCCCGGAUGGGGCCGGGAAAGCUGCUCGCGCCGAAGCGGACGGCAUUCGGACCUGGAGCAGCUGCCUUCGCUGAAGCGGGUGCAGCAGCAUCUCCGGCUCUUUCCAGCGCAACCGUACUGCUGCAACUUUCGGGCCAGCUAAUCCUGGACAAAGCAGCCCACUUCUCGGGAGUACAGAAUUGGGGUCACGGUGCCGGCAAUGAAGCAGCUCGAGCGAUCGUUUCCCGCUUGGCAAAAGACCCGCUUGCGUCCUCAGGCAGCUGCCUUGCUUUCAGCGGUGCUCGCUUGCGGCUGCAAACAACAGCCAUCGUAGGCACAAGUGCCACCGCUUCCCCGAACUGUACAAUGAGCGACUACGUGCCCGCCGACGUCUCGGCACAACAGUGCAACUCAUCAGCAGAACUGGAGGAGAUGAUGCUUGACUUUGAAUUUGCAGGAGUCACGGACGCCUCCGAACAAUUCGUGCUUAUUCGGGCCGCCUUGCGACUUCUUCUCAGUCGACGCAGAACACUGGAGUCACUGGAGUCCUUGCCCUCCUUGGGAGCAGGUGCAGCAGCUUCAGCUCCGUUGGCCGCACCCGGCGCCAAAGCCCAGGCCAGGAAACAAUCCCGCUUCUCCGACCUCAGCGACCUCCUGCUCGAUGAAGGAGCCCACCUCGGCUCUUUGAACAUGUACAACAAGAAGACCCAGCUCUCUGGAGGCACAGUCUCCCGACAAACGAGUGUGGGAGCCAACCAACACGGUUGGAAGCUUGACGACGCUUCGCGCGACAUUUCCGAGAUACGCUCUGGCCAGCAUGCCGGACACAUGGCGACAGCGUACCUCGGGGCCAGCGUCCAGAGGGCACAGGAGUACGCGGCCAUGUCGGAAAUGUCUUUUCUCAGAUGCCAGCCGAGCGGCGGUGGCAUUUACUCGCUCCCCGACUGGUCCUACGGACCCCGCUACGCUGAGGACACGCGUCGUGAUCUUCGACACGAAUGGCGGUAG